ACCAUCUGCAUCAUUUUUUACAUCUGUCCUUUUUUGAAUAUUUCUGCAUUUUAUUUGCAGGAAUAUACUCCACUGAUUGACACUACAACUUCAUGAUUUCUCAUUGGAAACUUCAAUUUUUUGCUUUAUUUGGAAUGAACCGCGAGGCUCUUAUGUAAUCAUGGUACGAGAAAAAGAUGCCUGUUGGGAAUAUGCUGAGAAGGUAGAUGGAAACAAGGUUAGAUGUAAGUUCUGCCUUAGAGUUCUGAAUGGUGGAAUUAGUAGAUUAAAGCACCAUUUGUCAAGACUCCCUAGUAAAGGUGUAAAUCCAUGCACCAAAGUGAGGGAUGAUGUUAGUGAUAAGGUGAGGUUAAUAAUUGCGUCAAGGGAAGACGCAAAGGGAAUCUCUGAACCUUAUAAGCACAAGCACACCGACCUUAUUACACUUUGCACAAAUACUUGUGCAAGCAAAGCUGCCGGUGCUUGUGUGGGCCACCCAGCUGCAGUUCCUAUCCAAAAAGUUUCCCCCCUUGUCACACAACCUAACAAUGAAGAAAAUGCUGAGAGAAGCAUUGCUCUGUUUUUCUUUGAAAAUAAAUUGGACUUUAGUGUGGCCAGAUCUUCAUCUUACCAGCAAAUGGUUGAGUCGGUAGGAAAAUGUGGCGGUAGUGGGUUUAUAGGGCCUUCUGCUGAAACACUAAGAACAACUUGGUUGGAUAGGAUCAAAUCCGAAGUAAGUUCACAAUCUAAAGGUGCAGAGAAAGAGUGGGGCAUGACUGGUUGCACGAUAAUAGCAGAAACCUGGACGGACACCAACAAAUUGUCAUCACGAUCUUUGAUUAACUUCUCAGUUUCUUCAUCCUCUGGAACCUUCUUUCACAAAUCAGUCGACGCGUCCUCAUACUUCAAGAACAUAAAAUGCCUUUCUGAAUUGUUUGAUUCCGUCAUUCAAGAUUUUGGCCCUGAAAACGUGGUGCAGGUUAUUCUGGAUAACACUCUUUACUGCACCGGUAUAGUGAACAACUUACUGCAGAGCUAUGGGACUCUCUUUGUUUCCCCUUGUGCUGUCCAAUGUUUAAACACUAUACUGGACGAGUUUUCGAAGGUGGAUUGGGUUAACCGGUGCAUCUUGCAAGCACAGAUGAUCACAAAAUUUAUAUACAACAAUUCAUCCGUUCUUGAUCUGAUGAAGAACUUCACCGGGCAGGAUAUAGUUAAAACCGGAAUCACAAAACCGGUUUCCGAUUUUCUCUCUUUACAAUCCGUACUGAAGCAGAGAUCAAGGUUGAAGCACAUGUUCAACAGCCCAGAGUUUGCCACUAAUUCGAUUUGUCUAAACAAACCCCAGAGCUUAACUUGCCUCGACAUUCUUGAAGACAAUGAUUUCUGGAGGGGGGUCGAAGAGUGUGUGGCACUAUCUGAGCCGUUCUUGAAAGUGAUGAGGGAAGUUUGUGGAGGGAAGGCAACAGUGGGGUUUAUAUAUGAACUGAUGACCAGAGCAAAGGAGUCUAUAAGAACAUACUAUAUUAUGGAUGAAAUAAAGUGCAAGACCUUUUUAGACAUAGUUGAUAAGAAGUGGCAGAAUAACUUGCACUCCCCCUUACACUCUGCUGCGGCGUUCUUGAACCCGAACAUUCAGUACAAUACAGAAGUGAAAUUUCUGGGAUCUAUAAAAGAAGAAUUUUUUAGGGUUCUUGAAAAGCUACUUCCAACACCAGAGCUCAGAAGAGAUAUCACCAACCAAAUCUGUUUGUUCACAAGGGCUUUGGGGAUGUUUGGGUGCAAUCUUGCAAAGGAAGCUAUAGAUUCUGUCCCUCCUGGGAUUUGGUGGGAACAAUAUGGUGAUGCCGCUCCAGCAUUGCAGAGAGUUGCCAUCAGAAUUCUAAGUCAAGCAUGCAGCGGCAGUUUCAUGUCCGAGAGAGAUUGGGCCGCGUUUCAACAAAUCCACUUGGAUAAGCGCAACAAGAUCGAAAAAGACACGUUGAAUGAUAUGGUUUAUGUAAACUGCAAUCUCAGGCUAGCGGCAAGGUUGCCUUUGAGCUCAAAAGCCACAGCAGACACCGAUCUCCUUCAACUUGAUGACAUAGAUAUGACCUCUGAGUGGGUUGUGGAGGAGGCUGAAACCCAGAGCCUCCCAACACAGUGGCUUGACCGCUUUGGUUCUGGUCUAGAUGGCAACGACUUGAAUAGCAGACACUUCGGCGUUGGUUUAUUUGGUGCUAAUGACCCAAUUUUUGGAUUGUGACGGACGGUGUAUUCUUUAGGGCGUGUCCUAUUCCAAGGACCUUGCCUUAUUUUGUACUACUCUAAGAUGGUUGCAAACCUAUGUUAAUGUUCUGCAUACCCUCCAAAUAUGAGGUGUUAUUUCACCCUUAUUACGAGUAUAAAGAGAUGGCUAUCCCUUCUGUUGUAUUAGCCUAUAACCUAUGUAUGUA